GGGAACAUUUGAAAAAAGCCGUGCACUUUUGAGAGAGAGGUUAGAUGAGUAUGACAGUCAUUUGGACCAAGUAAAUGUGCAAUCACUGCGAAGAUUGUUCUCGUAACUUUAUGAUCUUGACGGGCUAAAACGGGGAGUAAUCGAGUCGGAAACAUAAAUGCAACAGUUACUUUUUGGGAGAUACAUCUGGGGCUGUCAUCGCUACAACUUUAACCAUUGUUUGCUCCUGAGGAGAGAGUGCCAUGCCCGAGGGAUCUCACAGCGCCACUCAUGACGUCCCCAUGGGCGAAGAUGGAAUCAGAAUAUCCAGCUCCAUUCUGUGCAAAGUCAUAGAUCUGAAACCAACGCAGGCCUCCUUCUUACCGGAGUCCCCUCGGCUGUCCACGGCUUCGGUGGGCAGCAAUGAGCGUUCGUCCACGGCCACGCUGUCGGACUGUGGCGAGGUGGGUGGCAGCGUCGGCGGUGGCAGCAGCGGAAGUAGCAGUGGCGGCGGUGGUGGUAGUGGCCAGCGCCCGGUGAGCCUGGUGUCCACCCUCUCAUCCGGCUCCUCGGGCUCCUCACGAGACGACAGCCCCCCCUGCAGCACAGGAGGUGGAAGUGGAGGUGAAGGCGGCGGAGGAGGAGGAGGAGGAGGAGGAGGCGGAGGGCGACCGCCGGACUUAGACCUUGACCUCUGUCCCCACCAGGACCUAAGCCCCGCCCGGCAACAACCCCAGCUUAGCAACCACAGCCUGGACGCCGCGGGGCCCACUGAGGAAGGAGGUGAAGGAGAAGAAAGAGGAGGACCAAGGGGAGGAGGUGGAGGAGGAGGAGGAGGAGAAGAGGAGAGGGAAGACGCCAGUCAGCAGCAGACGCCGCUCUCGCCCUUCGCAGCCAAAGCCAUGGCGCCCAACCCCAAGCUCACCUACCUGGACCGCGUCGUCAUGGAGAUCAUCGAGACGGAGCGCAUGUACGUCCGGGAUCUGCGCAGCAUCGUGGAGGACUACUUGGCACAGAUCAUAGACACAGGUGACCUCCCCAUCCGGCCGGAGCAGGUCUGCGCCCUCUUCGGAAACAUAGAGGACAUCUACGAGUUCAACAGUGACCUGCUCCAGUCCCUGGAGAUGUGUGACAAUGACCCCGUGGCCAUCGCCAGGUGUUUCGUCCUCAAGAGUGAGUACUUCAAGAUCUACACGCAAUACUGCACCAACUACCCAAAUUCGGUGGCUGCCCUGAUCGACUGCAUGAGGAACAAGAGUCUGGCCAAGUUCUUCCGCGAGCGUCAGGCGGCUCUGAAGCGAUCGCUGGCUCUGGGCUCCUACCUGCUCAAGCCAGUACAGCGGAUACUGAAAUAUCACCUGCUGUUACAGGAGAUCGCUAAGCACUUUGACCCAGACGAGGAGGGCUAUGAGGUGGUGGAGGAGGCUAUCUACACCAUGACAGGAGUGGCCUGGUACAUCAACGACAUGAUGCGGAACCACGAACACGCCGUCAGACUACAGGAGGUGCAGUCGCUGCUCCUCAACUGGAAGGGUCCUGACCUGACCACGUACGGCGAGCUGGUCUUGGAGGGCACCUUUCGGGUGCACCGCGCCAAGAACGAGCGCACCCUCUUCCUGCUCGACCGCAUCCUAAUCAUCACCAAGCGCCGCGGACAGCACUACGUCUACAAGACGCACAUCUCGUGUUCGACCCUCAUGCUGAUUGAAAGUGCCAAGGACUCUCUGUGUUUCAGUGUCACCCACUACAAGCACCCCAAGCAGCCCCACACAGUCCAGGCGAAGACGGUGGAGGAGAGGAAGCUGUGGGCUCACCACAUCAAGCGCCUGAUCCUGGAGAACCACCAGGCCAUCAUCCCCCAGAAGGCGAAGGAGGCCAUCAUGGAAAUGGACUCCUUGUACCCUCAGUACCGCUACAGUCCAGAGAGGCUCAGGAACGCGGCUUCCUACCAAUCAGAAGACUUCCCCUCGGGACGACAGGGGCGACGACAGUCUGAACCAACCAAACAGAUCUUGAGAAACACCAAAGCUAUUCUCAAGGUGAGCAAGCGGGCGUUUUUUUUGUGUGUUUGUUUUUCGAGUCAUUUCCUUUUCAUUGCUAUUUCUGAUGUCUGUGUUGGCAGCAACUCCCCUUCAGCCCUGUCAGUAGAAUCUGUAACCGUGGCCGCAACUAUCAUUGAGGACACCGAGCUACCCCAGCACGCGGACAGCGAGGGCGCGCUCCCGGCCAGCAGCAGCAUGCGUCCCAGCAUGCAACACGCCACCAGCAUCAGCACCCUGGGCUCCAGCAUCGGCGAGUCCGAGGCGGCCGAGAGGCCUAGCAUGGAGGAGUACGAGGACGAGGAAGAGGAGGAGCGGGAGGAAGAGCAGGAGCAGGAAGAGGAGGAGGAGGAGGACUCUCUGGAGAGACUUAGCCCCUCCAGCGACUCCGAGGAGCCCGUCGUCGUCUCCUCCCCCCGGGCGACGACCACGACCUCCCACUCCCACUCCACCUUGACCUCGCCCCCAUCAUCGUCGCCGUCCACGACCUUGACCUCGACCUCACGGAAGCGAGGGAUCAGCCGCUGCGAGGCGACGGAGGAGCAGGAGCCGGAGGAGGAGGUGCAGGCGGUGUUUGAGGAGGAGGAGGGGGUGUUUGCGGAUGAUGAUGGAGGUGACCCGGAUGAUGAGAUAGUGAUGGAGGAGAACCAGGUAGAGGACUUUGCGAGCUCCAUGCUGGAAGCCAUCUCCUGCUGGCACAAUAGGGCCCGGGCUUUGCUUUCCUUGGGGGGCACCACGGAUGAUGAUGAGGAGGUCAAAGUUGAAAACGGCCAGUUGGAGGGUCAGGAGGAGGAAGAGAAAGAGGUGACAGAGGAAGCCUCCACUCCUGAAGAGGCAACGGAGGUUGUUCUGAAACCUGAGAACUCGUGUGUCCCCUCAAGUGUACCUGAAAACCCAGCACGUGAGCCUUCUUUCCUGCCAGUGUCACCACCCAAGCUACCGGACAACAGCGAGAGUGCCCAGGACGUUCCUCACCACACGACGGACACCAGCAGCAGCGAACCCACCGAUUCAAAGCCAGUCAAAGAGCCAGUGGUAUCAAAGCAGGAAGACAGCUCUGGACCCUCGUCAGAAGAGGAGGCAGGGGUGGACGAAGAGGAGGACGAAGAAGAAGAAGAAGAGCAAUCGGCCGAAGCUGAGGCCAGCAUCCUGCCGUCCUCCGUGCUGGACCAGGCCAGCAGCAUAGCCGAGCACUUUGUCAGCAGCACCCGACGCAGCAGCAGCACCACCAUGGAAGACGUCCGCUCGCAGGGCUGCCCCUCCCCCCGCGCCCCCAGUCGCGUCCCCAGCCGCACCGGCAGCACGCUCAGCCUGGGUGGAGGAGGGGACAACAACCACGAGUGGGGACAACAACAACAACAACAACAACAACAGCAAUGGGUCAACAACAACAACCACUGCGGCUCCGAGGAAACCCCAUGCGACCCCAUGGCACACGAGGUGUUCCUUCCCGCGGACGUGGCCCUGCUGCCUGAUGGAGCGUUCGACAACAGCUUCCGACGGAGGGACUCGACCCUGUCAAAGAGAGACCAGCUGCUCAUCGACAAGAUCAAGUGCUACUAUGAGAACGCCGAGUACGUAGAUGGCGGCUUCAAUAUCAAGCGAAGGGAGAGCCUGUCGUACAUUCCCACCGGUUUUGUGCGCAGUUCGGUGACCAAACUCAACAGCAACAACCCCAAUGAGGGAACUGAAAAGAAGGGUUCGUCCUCUGUCUCUGUGACUCCAGAUGUUCUGCAAAGUCUUAACUCUGAAAGCAGGGAGCGGUUGACAUCCGCGUCGGAGACUCUUGUUGAGUUUUGUAGCCGCAAAGCCUCAGACACGUCGGAACAUGGGAGCGACAUGUCUCUCGACUCCUUCAGGGACCAAACCAAGUGCCCGUUCCCGAGGAACGCGUCCGUCUCAGAAGACGAAUUCCUACCGUCCUCAGAGAUGAUCAAGGUCUGGCAACAGAUGGAGAAGGAGACCACCAACCGGCCGCAGGAGGACGGCAGAGCCACCCCGAGGCGCAGGGACGCCCACCGAAUCCGAGUGGCCAGCCCGAGCGCGUCCAGGAAAUCGCCCCUCUCGUUGAGAACGACGCCGGAACCCGACAGCCCGGAACCUUUGAUGAUUCUGGAGGAGUCAGACCUCAGUACCAUCACCGAGGAGUCCUUCUCGCCGUCGCCCUUCAGAGAUCCGGGCCGCGCAGUGGUCCUGGGUCGCUCGGCCAGCUUGACCGACUGUCUGCUGCGCCCCCCUCUCAGGGAGGUAGAGGGCAGAGUGCUCAGGGCUCCGGUCCCCAGGGUGAUCCAGCUGAGGGCGGAGGAGAUGGAGAUCCAGCCUCUGAAGAACGAAGCCGGAGCCGGAGGGGACGACGACGGCAGCGACGCGAGCCAAAGCAAAGUCUUCCACUUGGCGCGGAAGUACAGCCAGCGUAUGAAGCCGAGCACCAAGCCAAUGGUACGGCAGAGGAGCCAGGACUCGGGAACAGGACAGCAGCAGGAGGGGAUGCUGGGCAAGAGGAGCCUGUCGAGUGUGCUGGAGGAGAAACCCAAGGAGGAAAAGAGGGAGAGGGGGAAACCCUACAUGUCUUUGUCCUUGGACCUAUCCAACGUGGCGAACCACCAGGAGGUGUUCUUCUCCAGCAGGGAGCAGAUCGCUUCUCCCAGUCCCAGCCAAUCCAGCAGCUCGGUGUCCCCCAGCCCCCGGGUCCUCUCCCCCAGCCGACCCCCAUCGUCCUCCAAGAGCCCCUUGAGCCCCACGCCCCAACUGGAGGGCUUCUGCUGGCCAGACGUACGUGAGCUGCGCUCAAAGUACACCCACCUGGACAGGACGACGGUUGCGGUUGCGGCGGCGGGCUCCCAGACCCCCGCGGUGGCCCGUAGCCGGUCGGUCCCGGAGAAGAUGCAGGAGAGCGGACCCUACCGGCGCUCCAGCUGCUCCUCAAACAUGGCCCUCUCGGAGGCGGUGGCGGUCAUCUGCAGGUCUCUUCCCACCCGGGAGAUGGAGGGGCGGCACCAUCGCACGGGCUCCCUGGAUCAGAAGCUGAGCCGGAUGCACCUGAGCAAGCUGCAGGACAUGCGCCGCAGAGCCCCCUCCUCCGCCAUGACCACCAGCAGCAGCAGCAGCAGCAACAAAGCCUCCACAGUCAACAUCAGCAGCAGGAAAGCUCCCACCACCACCACCACCACCACCCACAGCACAAAUAGAACCCCCACCCCCUCUACCUAUAGCACUAACAGAACCCCCACCCCCACCCACACCACCUACAACACCAACAGCAGAACCCCCACCCCCUACAGCACCAUCAGCAAAACUCCAACCACCACCACCACCACCACCAUCAAAGCUUCUACUAUCAACAUCAACCCCACCAGCAACAGCUGCAAGAGCGCUGGCUACUACGUCGCCGGGGAAACCAACCUGUCCAACGACAAGAAGCUGAUUGUGGUGGAGAAGGUCGGCUUGGAGUCGCUCGCCGCAGAAAGGGAAUCUCCAAAGAGGGCGUCCUUCUCCAUCAGCUCAUCCCAGGUGACCACUGAACUCCCGUGGCUGACGACGACGAAGAAGGAGAAGGAGAAGGAGAGGGAGAGGGAGAGGGAGAGCGAGCGGGUGGUAGACACAGACGACAGCUACGUCCAGAUCCGCUCGCCGACGUCUCGAGAGAAGAUCUCCAUCAUGGCCGUCAUCGACCGUUGCCGUGCCUACCAGGAGUCGGACGAGUACCGGCUGAGGGAGGAGAGUGCUGCUAAGGCUGAGCAGCAACAGCAGCAACAUCAGCAGCAGCAGCAUCAUCAGCAGCAGCAGCAGCAGCAGGCCAACAGCACAACACACAGGAGCAGGAAAGGGAAGGACAGCAGUGAUAAGACUGUGGUGACCUCAAGGGAACAACAGCUUGACGAGGCCCUGAAGGCAGCCCUGGACUCUACCCGCCGGCCAGACUCCAGUCAACAGGGAGUGGUCAAGAACCUCAGAGAGCGCUUUCUCAACCAGAGAUAAGGACAACAUGCGCAGGGCCACUGACAAGCUUUGGCAGGGCCCCGGGACAAAGACAUCUGAAAGGGCCCCAAACCCAAUCAAUGCAAUGAAAUGAGGACCCAAUUCUUGGCCUCCUCUCUCCCUGGGCCCUGGGCCUUGGACAAUUGACCCCUUAGUGACCCCUUAUCGAUACAGCUCUCAAGUUUCUGUCUUCAAAAGGAGAAACGUACUGUACUACACAAACUCUUUGCAACGCCACCUCAUCGGCUCGGUCUGGUCAUAGCUUGUCAACAACUCUGUUGUUUUUAUGUGAUUGAUUUUCCAGACCCUAAAAAUUCACGAAGACCUUGCAAAAUAGGUUUACUUCAGUGCUGUCCGGACUGGCGUCGUCUUUGGCUUUUGGCAUAUAGUGUGUGUAAAGUACAGUAGGUACAAUAUGUUAGCUUAUCUUGCUUGCUUAGCUGAAUGCUACACGCGUUGCUACAUAUCCUUCUUCAGUUCUAAAUGUAUUUGUUUAAUGGCUGCCAAUAGCUCUCCAAACACUUUGGAGAUUACAGCUUUUGGUCGUCAAAUAAGUUAAAUGCGUUGUAUCAUGAGCACCUACCGUAUGCCUCUUUACCCUUCAAGUGGUAAUUACGGCAGCUUCCAGGGGAUGAGGAAGAUGGACUCAUUCCUACGAAUGCUGUGGAUCUUAUUGGUUUGUUUUACGGUGUUGUUAUACAAUAUCUACGAUACAGAAAAGAGAUACACGAGACUUUUCACAGGAAUAUUGAAGACCACCUUUGAAAUUUGACUCACAAUGAUUUUUCGCAUCAUUAUGAUAUUUCUGUUUCAAAAAAUAAAACACACACACACACACAUAAGAGGAAUGUAUCGAGAGACAACAAGAUGGACUGUUUUCAAUAGUGCAUGAUGUAAAAUGAACUGUAAAUAGGUGUCGUACUGUACAAAUGUUGAUGAUUCAGCCACAAAUGAUAUACGUAUGUAGAUAUCUCCUAAUUUUGUCACCGAGGCCAACCUGUUUGUUUUUUUGUUCCUUUUGAGAGGACACACUUAACACAUUCCUUUUCUUUGGUUUCACACCUUGGUUCUUAAUUUCUUGAUUUGGUGGUGUUGUCAACGACGCCAUAGGUGAUGAUACACAAGGCACCAUUUUGGGCAAUUUUGCUGGGCAACGACAUGAUUAGCUACUCAUUAGACAUUAAAAUUAAAAAUUAGGAAAAUCUGUCUACUGAUGGUACCAGUUCUGCUGAUAAAAGUGUUGUAGUGAAUAACUGUCUAAAUAAAGUCUUAACCAUUGAUGUGCUCUGGGAAUUAUGGUUAAUACCAAACGCUGACAUGGGAAGCACACAUGAAAACCCCCCUUCUGGUAUUUUCCACUGGACAGUGAUAGAAAAUUGUAGAAAACGUUAUAUACGAGUUGCAGAGACUGGAUACGAAUAUCUAAUUCCCAGAGCACAUGCAUCGUUGCCUAAAAGCAUUAGUCAAAAAGCCUAGUUUAUCAUCUCCUUGGUGAUGUCUUCAAUGUUCUAUUGAAGAUAAGCAUUGUGAUGUCAUACAUCCCAUGCUGGACUGCCUGCUCUGGAAAGGGGAACUACGCAUCACCAGAUCUGACAAGUCACCUGACAAGGUUGUAACCAAGGCCACUGCAGGACCAAAGGUUGUUAACAUCCAGUUUGCACUUUAAGUUUGUAAAGAGAAAAAAAAAAGUCCCAAGGUCUUACCUGUGAUUGCAUUUCGGUGUUAUUUUAAGACUGUGGUCGAUAUGUAUCUUGUGUUUAUUUGAAUGAAGGUCAUCAAUUGAAUCGAUCGGUUAAGGGCACCCACUGUCAAGUCUGUCACCCCAAUGCUCCCUCAAACCCUAAACGAGUUUUUGUAUGUGCUGAAAACUUGAAGCAAAGAUGAAACAAACACAAAAAAAAACAGUUUGCAAAGGGGCCAAUUAAUUUCUGUUUUUCAAAUGACAGAGAAAACGCUUGUGUUCUUUCCCCCAUCUGCCCAGGCUAUUUAUUGUUAUCAUUCAUUUAGUGUGCGUAGUCUGACUUAGAAAUGACUUGUCCUUCGUUAACCACUCAUUAGCAGUCAAAAUAUGUCCCCUGGUAUUUGCACAGUUAAUUAUAAUGUACAGUGUUUUUUUAGACUUACCCCACUUUGUAAAAGACAUUAUACUAGUGUGCUGGCCACGCAUCUUGCUUCAUUAGCCUGUGGUGUAAUGGAUACCGUAUGCUAUCACACACACGCUUCCCUUGAUUAAGCCUUCCUCUUCCUGUGAGGUGCAUUUCCCGAAAGCGUAGUUGUUAGCAGUUAGCAGCUUGGGUAGUUGCCAAUGGGAAAUUGCAUUUGCAACCAACGAAGUAGCUAACAUGGUUAGGAACUACGCUUUGAGAAAUGCACCCCUGGGCUGAGAGUGAGGACAUACCGUACUGUACCGCUGGGCGCUAUCUCUUGUGCUACGCUAUGCCAUGGGUGCUUAUUUCCUUCCGGAUCAAUCCGGAUCUGGGGUACAUUUCUCAAAACCAUAGUUGCUAACUAUGUUAGCUACUUUGCCGUUUGCAAUGCAAUUUCUCAUUGCCAACCACCCAAGUUGCAACUACGCUUUCGAGAAACGCACCCCUGUACUGGUGUUUGUCCUAGCUCGUGGGAGUUGCUACUAGGUGAGAGUAGAGAAGACUUCCUGUUUAGUGCGUAGGUUGCCACCCCAUUGUUGUGUCUCAGAUCGUGCACUUGUGCACUUAGGGCACUAUGUUUCAGUGUGUAACUAAUACGCCAACAUAGUGCCUGAAGUGCACAAGUGCACCACACUAGACACAGCAUAUAUUUAAUAUAUUUUAGUGCACAGGUUAAUAAGGCUUUUAGUCUGAACUAAUCUAUCUUCUCUCUCUCUCUCUCUCUCUCUCUCUCCCUCUCUCUCUCUCUCUCUCUCUCUCUCUCUCUCUCUCUCUCUCUCUCUCUCUCUCUCUCUAUCUCUCUCUCUCUCUCUCUCUCUCUCUCUCCCUGUGUGAGUGUACGUAUGUAUAUGUUUCAGUCUAUUUGUAUGUUUUCACCCCCUCUUUUUGGCUCUAUACGUGUAUCUUUUCUGUUAUUUAUUAAGCUGGUGUAAAUUUCAUAUACAUAUAACUGUCUCUUUUUGUGUGUGUGUGUGUCUCCUGUAUAUAAAUAUAUAUGAAUAUGUAUGUGUUUGAAAAAAAGCAAAAGAUACGAAGCUGUACUGUGUCCAGUUUCUGCUCCGAGGUUCUCGUAAGUUCUUAGUGUGGAUGUAUGCUCCAAUAUUAAAACUGCUUAAGAAUCA